UAAUUAGAUUAAAUUUCUUAUUUUAGAUGAUGCAAAAAAAUUAAUUGAAGAAUUAGCACAUGAAAAAUCUCGUCUUGCAAUUGAACUUGAAAAACAUCGUUCUGAAAAUACUGAUUUACAAACAAAACUUUCUCGUAUUGAUCGUGAUGCACGUGGAUAUGAAUCACGUUUAAAACAAUAUGAAAAUGAAAUAGCUGAAUUAAAAGCACGUUGUAAUUCAAUUACAUCAGAUACAACACGUAAAAUAGAAGAGAAUGAAAUUCUUCAAAAUUUAAAUAAUGAUUUUGAAAAACAAAUAUCAGCAUUAAAACGUCAACUUGAAUCGGAAACUUUACUACGUAUUGAUCUUGAAAAUAAAAAUAAAACAUUACGUGAAGAAUUAGAAUUUAAUGAACAAGUUCAUGAAACACAUAUACAACAAAUCAAAGAACAACAAUGUUAUGAAAUUAUUCAUAAUGAUGGUUUACGACAACAAUAUGAUGAUAAACUUUUACAAGAAUUACAACAAUUACGAACACAAAAUGAUCAAGAAAUUAUUUUAUUACGAGAAGAAAUUGCUGUACAAUAUGAAAAAAAGAUUGAAGAUUUACAAAUUACCAAUCGUCGUUAUGUUGAACAAAUAAAUAAUUAUCGUACUGAUUUAAUAUCAUAUCGUGAACGUAUUGAAGAAACAAUCAAAACUCGUGAUAUAUGUAAUGAAAAAAUAUUACAAUUAGAACAACGUUGUCGUGAUUUAGAAGAUCGUACAUAUCGUACACAACAACAACAACAUGAAUCAUUAAAUGAACGUGAUGAAGAAAUACAAAAUCUUAAAUCUAUUAUUGAACAAAUGCAAAAUGAUUAUCAAAAUUUACUUGAUACGAAAAUUGGACUUGAUCGAGAAAUUUCAACAUAUAGAAAAUUACUUGAUUCAGAAGAAGAACGAUUGAAUAUUGGUAAUCGAUUAGGACCUAUAUCAGUUAUAAAUAGUACUGAAACAUCAACAAUGAAUGAUGAAUCCGUAGCAAUAGUAACACCAAGUUUAACACAACGACAACGUCAUAAACGUGCACGUGUUGAAGUUGAUGAUGAUGAUAUGAUUAUUACAAAUGGUAAUGGACAUUAA